GUUUUAAACUCCGGUGGGAGGACGAAGAGGAAUUCCCGGAACUAAAGUGUCUGUGUUUGAUUCCGCAGCCUCUCGGAGAUGGCCACCGCACCUCAGUCAUCGUUUCAGAUGAGUUCGGCGGAUCUGAUCCGGAAGGAGCCGCUGGACUACGGGGGCUUCGGGGACGUGUACCUGUGUUACCACGUGACCCUGGGCCAGGUGGUGCUGAAGACCCUGUUCACGGGAAUCCUGCGCAACGAGGACAGCAAGAGGUCCCUGCUUGCGGAGGGGAACAUCAUGGCAAGUCUGAACCACGAGCGGGUGGUCAAGUUGCUGGGUGUGAUCAUGGAGGAUAGAGACUGCUCACUAGUCAUGGAGCUCAUCCCCAGAGGCAACCUACUAGUCAUGCUACAAAAGGUCUCUGUACCAGUGUCCGUCAAAGGUAGAAUCAUUUUAGAGAUUUUGGAAGGGAUGGUGUACCUGACAGAAAAACGUGUCAUACACAAGGACAUCAAGCCAGAUAAUAUUUUAGUGGACAAGGAUUUUCACAUUAAGAUCGCAGACAUGGGCCUGGCCACCUGCCAGACAUGGAGCAAACUCACAAAGGAGGAGAUUCGUAGGAGGAGUCGCACCAGCCAAUCGGCUGGGAUGAGAGGGGCCGGCACCCUGAGCUACAUGGCUCCUGAGCACCUGGAGAGUAUAAACACUGCCUCCUCCGAGAAAUCUGAUGUCUACAGCUUUGCCAUCGUGGUUUGGGUCAUUCUCACAAGGGAAGAGCCAUACGCAAAUGCCAGGAGUGAAGAUCACAUCAGCCAGUGUGUUCGUCAAGGUGACCGACCAGCAGAGGACCGUAUUCCAGAUGACACGCCUGCACAAAUAAUUGAGUUCAUGAAGAAUUGCUGGAAUCACAAUCCCUCGGAGCGACCAACAUUUAAAGAGGGCCACAGCUUCUUCCUUCGUUUCUACGAGGAAACACUUGAACCACAUAUAGAGGAAGAUCUACUUCAGCUGAGGACAUAUGAAGGCCCAGAUGAUCUUGUUGAGAAGAUGAGAUUGUGUUCACUGAACCCUGAAUACUCUUCAGCAGACUGCCCUGCUCCUUUGGUGAGUUCAGACAAAAGUGUGCCAGUUGAAGCUAGCAUUGAAGACAUGCGUGACAUCCAGAGCGAGCCAUCGGUGGGAUAUUUUCAGUCAGACGCCAGGGGAGAUAACACACCUUCAGCGUUGGAUGACAAACUGCAUCGGGAGCUUCUGUACCACAAACACGGCAGCUACAGCUGUGAAAACCAGCCGGAGCCUGUGAACACCUUCCCCCGCAACAGCUCCAAUCCCCUCCUGCCAUACAACCGCACUUCAGAUCACAUGGCAAUGCAACCAGAAGAAGAUAAGCCGCCUGGGUCCUCUGUCCAUUCCUGGUCGAAAGCUGAGCCAGAGCAGAGCAGCAGCCAGGAGCCGUGGUGUCGCCCCACAUCCGGUCUCUACCAGUCCAUGAACUCAACUGAAUCGGCUGCAACCUCUUUUCCAAUGUCCACCAGCUCUCCCUCACUGGAUCAGCUCAACCAGCAACAGCCGCAUUCCAACUUCAACCGCCAGAAAUCUUGGCCAGUGAUUGAUACAUCCGCUCCAGGGUGCCUCGUGCCACCAGAGCAAGGGUCUAUUGUCAUUAAUAAUGCCAGAGGGAUUCAGAUUGGACACAGCAACGUUUUGAUGAUCGGAAGUUACGAGCAGCCCGAUAGUUCAUUAACCGCAUCGACUAGCAGCUCGACCGCCUCUCUCAUCAGAGAAGGCAUUCAGAAAUAUGAGGACCAUCCCGUGACGGAGGCGCACCUGGAUCUGCUGCGUGGCAACAUCGGGUUGAAAUGGAAGGCUAUCGCGCGGCAGCUGGGUUUGACCAGUGUGGAAAUAGAGACCACAGAGCACGACUACUCCCGCGACGGCCUGCCAGAGAUUGUGCACCAAAUGCUGGAGCAUUGGAGAAUGAAGGAGGGAAGCACCGGCUGCAGAUUUGGGAGGCUUUGUAAGGCUCUGUCAGGUAACAUGUCGCUGGAUGUCAUGCAGAAAAUGCUGGACAUCUGCAGUUCGUCUCACUCAACCUCAGAAAGGUCUUUUUUCACCUGAAAGAUUUGCCUCAUGACUUCAAAACGCUGGUCACCGUAUUGUCUGAGCAAGCUCUCUUCAAAAACAAAAACGUUGAUUUGUUUUUUACGCACCAAGGUGUUUGAGAUAUCCCGACAACCACAGAGCUCACUGAAAUUCUCUUACGGUUAAUUACCACUGUAUGGUAGUCCCUCACUUUGAUGAAAUGAUCUUUGGACCUGAUUAUUGUUCCAUUUUAAAAGCUCAAUUUCUAUUUUCAAAUCACCGUAAUGCUUUUUCUAUCAAGCUUUAACUGUAAGAGAUCAACAUAGGAAAGUGUUAUUCCAAUCAUUGAAUCUCAAAAUCAAUUUUUUCUAAUUCUAAUUUUUUUUUAGUUUUUUUUUCUUAUUCAAUUGUCAGUUACAUGACAUGUAUUAAGCCAAAGCAAAACAUUUUACUAUAAAUACUGACGUUUUUUUAUUUUCAGAAACUGUGUGAAGUUGUUAUGGAACAAACAAUGACUAUUGCCUUAACAGAACAUUGAAUCCAUAAUCAGGGACUCACUGAACAGGUUAGGUCACUGAAUGUGAGGAAAGCUGAAAACAUUAGUUGUUAUUGAAUAAACUGAUGCAAAUUGUACAAAAGGAUAAAAAUGUCUCAGUGCAGUGUUCCAGAAAUCCAUGUGUAUUAUUGUUGUAAUCCCUGCCUACAGUAGGGGGCAGUCUUGCUGUGGAUUAUGUGCUGCCAUGAAUGUAUUUCCCCAGAUUGUCAGCUCGCGAGCUGCUUGUUUUCAGUGUCAUUAGUGAGUCGCUACACUUACGAGAUACUUUCCUCACCAACCUUUCAUUUUAUACUGGAUUUGUGAUCACAUCUUGUCCUUUUGUUUUUACUGGUCCUCAGUGUUGAUGAAGCCCGCUAAACAAUACCACACAAAAAAUAAAUAAACACACUAUUUUCCCAUCCACAUCUUCACAGAUUACACCAAACCUGAAUUCACUGGAAUUUUUUAAAAAUAAACUGUACAUAUGUUCCUAAACUUCAAAUGUGUCUUUCCUGUA